CAUCUAAAACUCACAAAGUAAUCCCAAGAGAAAUAGAGAGCCGCUGCAGAAGAUUUUUGAAUACAAAAAAUUUUCUGCAGCAUUUCUACCCCAACAAAAAUGGCUCGCUCUUUCUCCAACGCUAAGACUGUUUCUGCUCUACUCUCAAAUAUCAUCUCCAGGAGGGGAUUCGCACAAGCAGCUGCAUCGCAGAGCAGCUUGCGGGGCAGGGCUCCGAGCGUGAUGCUGAAGAAAGGAUCGGAAGAGUCCGGUAAGAUCUCGUGGGUGCCCGACCCGAAAACCGGAUACUACCGACCCGAAAACCACGCCAAGGAGAUCGACGCAGCCGAGCUUCGGGAGAUGCUCGUUAAGAACAAGACCCGUCGGAGCUAGAUCCGAUCCGAUUGGAUGAUGCGGGUUCUUUCAAGCAGAGCUGAAUCUACUGCAGCUGAUGAUCUUCUCUCUCUGCUCUGUUUUCCUGAGAGACUGAAACGAGUAUGACCUUAUGUGUUUAUGUUGAAAUGAAAUUAAUGUUGAAAUGAAAUCUACUAGUAUUUCAUAA